UCAGCUACUAAAAGCGCGUACUGCCUAUCAAAUUGCAUCUCAGUCAACUGAAAUUCAAUGCCAAAUGGUACUUCGAUUGCCACGAACACGAGUGGCUGCCCAAAUAUUCGACGAUUCCAAUGCUCCUGAGCCUUCUCACUCCCAUUACAAGAACUGUGUCUACCAGCUCCAGGAGAUUUUUCUUGGCGAGGCGUGUAAACCCGCAGAUGGGUAGUGAAAGCUUAAGUUUGAUUAAGAAAAGGAAGCAUGCCAAUUUUCGGGUUAUCAAUGUUUCUGGAUUUAAGACGGAUUUGAUGGAGAUUCCCAGCCACGACCCUGCAUUACAUGUCUUGUUCAUUCCUGGAAAUCCUGGUGUUAUCUCAUUUUACACUGAUUUCUUGGAGUUACUGUACGAGUCACUGGGAGGGACAGCAUCGGUCACAGCUAUUGGCCAUAUAUCCCACUCGGAAAAGAACUGGGAGUCUGGGAGGUUGUUUUCACUACAAGAGCAAAUUGAUCAUAAGAUAAGCUUCAUAGAGCAGGAACUUCAAGAUGCUGAAGUUCCUAUAGUACUGGUCGGCCACUCCAUUGGGUCAUAUAUAUCUCUUGAAACUUUUAAAAGAUCUCAGGAGAAGGUUGUAUUUUGUAUUGGUCUAUAUCCAUUUUUGGCUCUGAACACUGCAUCAAAAACACAGGCUUUGAUCAGAAGACUUGCAGCGUCUCCAGCUCUAUGUGCUGCAAUCAGUUUCAUGGGAGGCGUGUUGGGUAUGCUGCCAGCUCCGAUUUCUAGAAGACUGGUGAAGAAAACAAUCGGGAAAUCAUGGUCGUCUUCUGCCGUUGAGGUUCUCCGCACCCACGUUCUCCAGUAUCAUACUAUUCGGAAUAUGCUCUUCAUGGCAAUGACCGAAUUUCAGAAGCUGCCAGAAAAAACAGAUUCGGAUUUCAUCAGAGGAAAGAAAAACCAAAUUGCUUUUCUGUUUGGCCUUGAUGAUCACUGGGGUCCUUUGCAUAUACACGAAGAGAUCCGCAAGCAGGCACCCGAUGCACGUCUAGAGGUUGAACGCGAGGGUCAUACUCAUUCUUUCUCCUGCACUGAGGCUGGGUCGGUAUGGGUUGCUCAGCAUGUCUCGAGCUUGAUCAAGAGUUACAUACAAACCGCGAAAAUUUACCAAAGCAGAAUGUGAUUCCGAAAGAUGUGAAAAACUCAAGAUUUCUGAUGCUCAUGAGCCAUUCCAUAUAUUAUGAAUCAGAUCAUCGUACUUACUACUAGAUUUUGUCUAUUUCUCUCUUUUAUACCUAAAUAUUAUCUCUUCAUUUUUAUUAGAACCAAAUAUUCCAAUGCAUUUAAAUUAAUAUCUUGGCCGCCACAAAAAAGGUGGUUGUCUUGUGCCUUC